GUUUUCCUCAGCAUCCCUGGUAUAUAUCCUCGGUAUCUGAAUGCCAAAGGCCUGCAGGGGCACUUAUCUUGGUGCUUACCGGCGCCAUGUCUGUAAAACGAAAGGCCUCAGAUCUGUAUCUGAAUCCGAAAAGAGUGCACAAACAGGAAGAUAUCGACCCAAUAUAUCAAGAGACCCAUUCAGACGCCGAGUAUGCCUCGUCUGGUGAAAGCGUCAAGUCCAAUGAUAGCCUCCACGAAACCCCCGCGACGCCCUUCUCGACUACCUCCACCAAAUAUCCGUCUGAGUUGAAAACUCACCUUUGCCCAUUUGACGAUUGCACAAAAGCAUUCAACCGUCCUGCGCGUCUACAGGAGCAUCUGCGCUCCCACAACAACGAGCGACUAUUUGAAUGCCCCAACGACGAUUGCGACAAGACCUUUCUGCGAGCCUCCCAUCUGAACCACCACGUUAAGAGUGCCCACACCGGAGUUCGCGAUUAUGUCUGCGACCGGCCAGGGUGUGGAAAGAGCUUCGUAACCGGCUCUCGACUUCGUCGGCACCAGGCCGCUCACGAUGGAAAAGACAAGUACCGCUGUACGGAGUACCCGCCCUGUGAAGAGACCUUCCGGAAGCACUCGACCCUCCAGAAACACGUCAUGACCGUGCAUCUGAAGCAAAAACCCUUCCAGUGCACGCAUAUCGACUCCCAGACCGGCGAAGAAUGCACCAUGGCGUUCGACUCCGCGGGCAAUCUCCGCGCCCACGAAAGCCGCGUCCACACCGAGAGGCGCUUCAGCUGCGCGGAGUGCUCGGAGCGCUCGGAGGCAAACGGCUGCCCUGCGGUAUCGUUUCCGACCUACGCCCUGCUGCAGUCCCAUAUCCGAACCAUGCAUCCCCCCCAGUGUCCCAACUGCGCCAUCGUCUGUUCCACAGCCCGUGAACUCCGCCGCCAUCUGGAAGUCGCGCACGGCGACGUGACUCUCGAAGACCGCAAAGUCUUCCCCUGUACCGUCGACGGCUGCGAUCGCAGCUUUACAAAGAAGGGCAACCUCACCGUCCACGUGCGCACCGUACACCAAGGCGAGAAACGCUUCGCCUGCGGCGAGACAGACCUAGCAGGGUCAAAGAGAGUAGCCGGAUGGACCGGCGCAGACGGCUGCGGGAAACGAUACGGGAGCAAGCUCGCGCUGGAGGAGCACAUCCGCACCGCGCACAUGGGCUUCCAAAACGCCAAAGCCGAGCGCCGACAGCGUCUCAGCGGCGCCAAGACCCACAAGAACCCUCCCACGUCCACGAGAGGACCGGGCCUCUCGGCCCUAGCGGCCCUCACAGGCGAGGGAUACGCCGAGGAGUCCGGCCGUCACAUCACGUGCUUCGCAGAGGACUGCCCGCAUCGCUUCUACCGGAACUACGACCUGUGGGUGCACAUGGGCAGCAAGCACCAGUGCAGCGCAGACGAAGUCCGCGAUCUGUUCAUGCGGCGCGCACUGCUAUCCGGCGACGACGAGCCGCUCACGAGUGACAUCCUCGGCAUCUACGGUCUGGACCUAGACAUCGACGAUCCGGCCUCGUCUUGCGGCGCAUUCCAGCUAGACGGGACGGCAAUGGCAACAACCACAACCACAGCAACCGAUCUAGGCCACGACAGCGCAGACCUGAACCUACAAACCAGUGGACUCCCCGAGUUCAACUCCGACCUAAUGAUGCAAGAUGAUACUUCCAAGAUACCCUUUGAUGAUGACAUGGCGAUGAUUGAUCCGCUGCUAGCUUACAACAUGAUGAAUGAUUAA